GCCAUCUCUUUUCUAUGAUUUCUUUCAGAAUAGUGAUCGUCUGUCGCUGCAAAACGAUAACACAAACUGACCACGAUCGACGGCAUCACUAACUGUGUGCUUGCGUGUGUGUGCACUUCUCCUAUAGCCCAAGUAGAAUUUUUCGGACGAUAACUAACACACUCUCAAAAAUUUAUUCGUUUCUCAUGAAUGUGUGCGUGAUUUAGCAAGCGUGUUAAGUCGGGGCCUUCGUAAACGAGCUAAUGGGCUGAUUUUGUAGCAUUUUACUUGAACACGUGUUGAACACUGAUGUGGAAGGUUUCAUAUUGAAUUUUGUUGAUAACUUGUAUUAAUAAUUUUGAUUAAAAAUGUCGAAUAUUAAACGAGGAAUGAAAACGGGAAAUAUAUAUCGUAGAGCCAGUAAAUAUACAAAGCUUUAUUCGUUCAAUGAAAUCUCGCAGGGGGCUAGUUCGAGUCGCUUUGGUAAGUGUUACAUGUAGAAAACAAAAUAUAAGUAAAGUUAAUCUUAUUUAUAAUCAAUCAGGUACACAAGAAGUUUAUGAUGCUGGAGAAAUACCAACUCAGUUCAACGAAACGAUGGAUUAUCUGGCGGUGGACACAGAUGGCAGUUCAACAGAAAGCGAUAGUGAUAACGAGUUGAAGGAUAAAAGUGAUAGUGAUAACGAGUUCAUAAAUGAAAGCGUAAAUCUUUUCGAAAAUAUGUCGAUCGUUGAUGGAAUUCGAUAUUGGGCUCUAACGAACAACGCUACGCAUCAAUCAGUAAAUAUGAUUCUUCAACUGUUUAAAAAAGCAAAUGUGAAAGUGCCUGCAACAGCAAAAACGUUACUAAGAACAAAACGUAAUACUUCCUCGGAGAUCACAGAGAUCUGUGGCGGCCAAUAUUGGUAUCGUGGGAUCAGUAGCUGUUUGUUGAAUUAUUUUUGGUAGGUUGAUUAUAUUGAAUUAAUGUUCUAUGAAUUAAUAAAUAUUUCAUUUUAUUUUUUUGUUGCAGCACAUCAAAGUGUACUUGCAAACAUUUAACAAUUUCACUUUCGAUUGAUGGACUGCCUCUGCAUAAAAGCAGCAGUAAGCAGUUUUGGCCGAUUUUAUUUACGAUCGAAGAAUUACCUCAAGCGCCGGUGAUGACUGCUGCUAUUUUUUGUGGCUUAAACAAGCCAGAUAAUAAUGAAAAGUUCCUCCGGCCAUUAGUAGAUGAACUAAAUACUCUCAUCUCACAUGGUAUAACAAUCCAAGGAGAGCAUAUUAAUAUUAGUUUGCGUGCCAUUGUUGCUGACACUACGGCGAGAGCCUUCAUUAAAGGUGUGGCUGGACACACAGGCUACGACAGUUGCGCAAAGUGUACUAUUGUUGGCGAGUAUAGCCACAUUGGUCACACCGUAGUCUUCCCUACUUUGAAUGCGCCCAAACGAACACAUCAGGGUUUUCAAAACAAUGAAUACCCUGGACAUAAUAAGAAAUACUGUCCACUUUUGGAAUUGAAGCAUUUUGACAUGGUCAAGGAUUUUGUUGUUUCGGAUCCGUUGCAUUUGUUCUAUCUUGGAAUAGUUAAGCGUUUGCUUAUAGGUUGGCGAGACGGCAAUCUUGGAAAGAAAGCAUGGUCUUUGGAGCAAUGCGAACAAAUUUCAAAUGUUUUCGCAAAGAUAAAACUUCCUUCGGAAAUGCACCGAAAGCUACGUUCUUUAAAAUUUUUAAAAUUUUGGAAAGGAGUCGAAUUUUCAUAUUUUUUGCACUAUGCGGGUUUUGUUGUACUAAAGUCGCAUUUGAAUGAUCAAAUGUACAGCCACUUCAUGCUAUUGUUUUGUGCAGUUACAAUUUUAUCAUCAACUGUUUACAAAGACAAGUGGGUGCUUGCCGGCCAAUUAUUGGAUAAGUUUAUCCAGCAAUACGCCAACAUUUACGGGGAACGUUACAUAACAAGUAAUGUCCACAACCUGCAUCACGUAUAUGAUGAUGUAGUACGAUUUGGUCCACUUCCAUCAAUUUCUACCUACCCGUUUGAGAACCACUUACAGGUUUUGAAGGGCAUGAUUCGAAGUGGCUGGAAGAACUUGGAACAGGCUAUUAAUCGUAUAUCCGAGAAAGAUGACUUCAACAUACCUAGGACGACAAGCAAUAUGAAAUAUCCUGCAGUAACCAAACGUGGAAAUUUAAUAACACUAAGGUUUCGCUCAAAUUUUCUAUUGCAGAACAAUUCGAGAAAUGGAUGGUUUUUGACGAAGGACGACUGUAUUUUUAAAUUUCAAACAGUUGUUAUGGAUUCCCUACAAACCGAUAACAUUCAUAUAACAGGAAAGAAAGUUAAUCUUACAGGUUUAGUGUUUAACGACCCUUUCGAAUCAAGCGAAAUUUACACAUUUAAAGGUUUUGAAAAUACUUUGUCGGAAAACUGCGAAGACACGAUUUUAGGAAACAUCAGAUGUAAGCUAGUGGCUAUACCAACCUCACGAAAAGAAGAAACCAUAUUUGUUCCGUUGCUACACACUCUUAUUGAAUGAAAGAGG